AUGUCCUCAGAUAACAGAGAGCAGUUAAGGACACCUAUUCUAGUUGUGCCUGAAGCACAACAAGGUUCAGCUGAUGCAGAGCAUGAGCUAGGGCCCCUACAAUUAGGAGCUGUUCAAAUAUUAAACAGCGAGAAUGUAGGAAAAAAAUUAGGUUUUAAUGCAGAAAAUCUUGCCAGCACUAGCUCCAGUGUGACGUGCGAACAGUCCAGAGCUUCUGCACGUAAAAGAAAGCAGUCAAGGCCCCUGGAUUUCUCAGAUGGAGAUGAUCAAAUGGAGGAAUCUUCAGCAGAUACAUGUUGGGCUGAAGAUGGCACAGAUAUGGAUGAAGAAGACUCACUUCCUCCACAAUUGGCCAGGCUAUUUCGCACACUGGACAAACUCGACGCAGAAGAGAAUCCUGUAGUUGUUGAGCAACGUGAGUGUUCUCAUUUCUCAGAUGAGUCUGCUAGCCAAAGAAAAAAGCUUGAUUUUGAAGAUGAUGAAGACUCCGAUGAUGAAUACGAAGAAUCGGAUGAUGAAGAUGAACGAGUUCUUGAAAAGGAAAGUACAGCUGGGGAGGUCAAACCAGCUGCGAUUGAGCAGCGAAAUUUGCUUGAUUUCGAAGAUGAUGAUUCGAAUGAUGAAGACGGAGAAGCUAGCGAUGGUCACGAAGAAAUGAAUCAUGGAGAGAAAAAUACGAACGAAAAUGAUGACCAGAACAUUGAAAAGAAUCCUGAGCCUAUCCGUCCGGUUGUCGAAAGAAAAUUUAGAGGCAAAGAUCUUUCGUUAAUGACAAUAACUCGGUUAGUAACGAGUUCAGAUGAGGAUAGUAACGAUGGAGAUGAAGAUGAAGAUCGGAAUUAUGAAAAGAGCUGGGAGAAUGAAGAACAGAACUUCCCAUAUGUUCAGCUGCAGAGUGAACGAUCUGAACGCUUGCUCAAUAGAAAAAGAAAAGCCUGUGGAUGGGAACCCUGUGGUACUUCGAAAGUUCCUAGGAGAGUGAGAACCGCUAAGAGUUCGAAAAAAUCUUCAUCAGAAGAUUAUUCGGAACCCUCCACCUCAGAUGCUGACCGAUGUAGCGAAAUCGCUGGUUCAGAGAGAGGUUCAUCUGAUUUGAGCGUCGAGCAACCUUUCCUCGAAGAGCCUUCUCUCGACAGGCCUGAAAUCAGGGAUUCUGAAUGUCGCUGGAUGCUGGAACUGGAUGACGACUCUUUGAGAGAAGUCCUGGAGUUCUUUCCAAGCUCUCCUUCUCAGAAGUCCUGUGUCAUCAAGCAUCUGGACACCUCAAGUUACGAUCGCUUGCUCAGCGUUCGUAACACACUUAAUCCGGACUAUGAAAUGGCCAUAACAUAUGAGCUUCUAAGGCUCAAACAAGCAACAAGAUUGCUUGUUUUAGAGGCUGUUGUCAGCAACUUCCUCUUUUAUUCAACAAUAAAAGACGUAGACCGUGGCUUUACCGAGACAUGGAACAAGAUGCUGAAAGCUUCUCAACUGAUUAAGAAACUGGCACAACAACACUACAGUGGAAACCAUGAUCUUCGGAAGUUAUUCAUGUAUAAAUUACUUGAGAUUCUUGGAUUAGGACCGAAAGUUCAUUUUUACCGGAACUCGGGGCAGCAUUUUGGCUUUUACACUGCUAGCGAAAGAGUUCCCGAUUACGAACCCAUAAGGUUCCGUUCAGAUGCAACAACGAAAAUCUCUCCAUUGUAUUAUCCAGUUAGAUUGCUAUGCUGUUGCUUUUAUUUGAGAGAUUUGUUAAACGACGACAGAAACUCUGGUGUUGACAGUGAUGGACGGCUAAAAAUAGUACACUUCGGGAUGCGUUCUCAUACACAUGCUACAGAACGGCAAGCCGUCAAUUAUUGUAGUUAUAAGGGAAAGAAAAGUCGAAAUGAUAUGGCUGAUAAGGCAAUUGAAAACGAGAAAAACCUUUUUCAAAGGUAUUCCAUCACUUUUGAAGAGAACCGGGAUUAUGAUCAAUACUUGACUAAGAUCAAGAAAAAUGUUCAAUACAUCACGGUUCAUUGCCAUAAAUUAGAGUCCGAAGGGACAUUAUUUGCUCUUUGUCUCCGUCUAGUUGAUCCUAAUCAAAUUCCGUUCCGUUUAUAA